AUGGUGCUGUCCGUGCCCAACCUCGCACGGCUGCCAGCCUCACCCACGGCCCCCAGCGCUCCCCGGCCUUCGCACGCUCCGCCCCCGGCCCGCGGCGCCGCCCCACGCGGGAGAUCCCGGCGCGCGCUGCUGGCGGGCCUCGGCCUGGGCCUGGGCCUGCGGCGCGCGGCGCGCGCGGAGAGCGCUUUGUCGGAGGAGCAGAAGCUGCAGAUUCUGCAGGAAGUGCAGAGCAUGGGGGACAUCGCCGUCACCGCGCCCACGGUGCAGGAGGAGGAGGCCGCCUGGACCCGGAUGCUCGACCGCUUCGCCGGUCUCCCGGACAUCGAGGUGCGCGUGCGCUGCAACCGGGGCAACUCCCUGGCGCGCCAGGGCAAGCUGCAGGCGACGGCUGAAAGAAUCGGAGCGAGCCGCUGGAGGCGCUGCAGGACUACAACCGCGCAAUCGAGCUGGUGCCGGAUGCAGCGGACCCUCACCUGA